ACAUAGAAUAUCCUUAGAACAUCAUUAACCCAGUUUUUUAGUUGAGUCUCUUAGCAUAAUUAGAACUAAAAAAAAUUAGCCAUUAAAAAAAGAGACGUUCUUCUAUCUCCUAAAUAGGAGACGUCCCUUAGACCUUCUCCUUCUCCUCUUCUCUCUGCAACAACAACAAAGCUGAGCCAACAUGUUGCUUCCUCCAUUCUCCUCUUCAUGAAUUCCUCCCAAGCUUGCUUCCUCCAUUCUCCUCUUCAGGAAUUCCUCCCAAGUUCUUACAUAUUCACAAAGGUUCUUAUCAACGUUCGGUUUAAUUUUGCGGCAAUAAAAUGUUUCCUUCGCUUGCUUUAGCGACUGCACCAAUGCCCUUGACGAUUAUCUCUGCCACAAGACGGUCCCAAGUCACGCAACUUAACGCAAAGAAAACCAAACCGGAAAAGAAGCGGGCAACGAUGGCGACGUCGACGAGCGGUUUCUACGGAAGAACUGCGAACGAGCAGACGUGGCAAUGCAUAGAAAGCUGUGGAGCUUGCUGUAAGCUCGCAAAGGGCUUCGCUUUCGCCACACCUGACGAAAUCUUUGACGAUCCCGAUGACGUUGAGCUGUUUCGAAGCAUGAUUGGUGAUGAUGGCUGGUGUAUAAACUACGACAAAGUUACACAUCGACCAUAUUUCUGCCGAGUUGAGCCAGAGGUUUUCAAGACUUUCUACGGGAUCGAAGAAAAGAAAUUCAACAAGGAAGCUUGCAGCUGCUGCAUUGAUACCAUUAAGACGAUACCAUUAAGACGAUACAUGGCUCAGAUUCCAAAGAACUAGAUAAGUUCUUAUCAGAAAACAUAAUUUUUGAAAGCCUCUUGUUUACUUCACAAAGGUUCUAAUGAAUUCCUCUUCAUGAAUCAAAGUUGUUAUCAGAAAACAUAAUUUUUGAAAGCCUCUUGUUUACUAGAAACCUCGAUGAUGGUUCUUAUUUCAAUGGCUCCUCCGUCCCAGUUCCUGCUCCUUCGUAUGGAAAAACCUCUCAGAAGAUUGAUAAUGGAUUCAAGCCUAGAGCUUAUCUGAAGCGAAUUCGAAACAAAAUUGAUAAAGGCAAUUGAAGAUGAAGACCUAUCUAGACUAUGAGAUUGUCAUUAUUUUGAUAAGGUAUUAGAAGUCCGUCUGCUACUGCUGGAACGAGAACACCUAAUCUACCUUAUUCUAUAAAAAGCUAGUUUGAUAUGGCUAAUGUGUCAUCAAUGAUGAUUAUCCUCACCAGCUUCUGUUGCAGAAGAUUCAUUAGUUUUUCAUUAUCGUUUUGGCUUAUUCUUCUAUGAUGUAAUAUGCUUCAAAUCAGUUCAACAAAACAAAGUGUUAAAAAAAAAAUCUAACAUUUAAUAUUUAAAAAUCAUUAAAAAAUCCAAAGUAGGUUUUUGGGUUAGCGAUGCUCUUACAAAGCUGUUAAUGGAGUUUGCUGAUAGCCGCCUAAAGAUGGUAUAUUUACGAUCACAUAUGUAAAUAUGAUAUCGUUAUAAAAAUGAUAUUCACUACAAGAAAACAAAAGCUUAACGAGGAAAAUUAACAAGGAAUAUUUUUCUUCGUUAAUUUACGUCGACUUUACAAGGAAAUUACGCGGAAAAAUAAAAUCAGCUUUAUUUCCUCGUAAAGUAACGACGAAACAGUUUCGUCGUAAAGUCGAUGUAAAGUGACGUGGCGUUUACGAGGAAAUCGUAUGUCCUCGUACAUUCUACGUAAACUUAGCGUGGUCUUUACGAGGAAAUAAUUUAUGUCUACUUAGCGACUAAAUUUUGAAUCCACCAACUUUGUUUGUCACACGUUUUUUUUUCGGCCACCUAACUAAUUUUCGUCAUAAAUUCGUAGGAAAAUUACAACUACUAGAUUCGAAAACUUUCUAUAAAUAGGGACGUUUGAACAUCAUUUUAAACACACCAA